CCCCAGAUCGACGCAGCGCCGCCGGGUGUCGGCUCGCCGUUCCUCCCCAGAUCGCCGCCGUCGCUUCUCCCCAUAUCGACGCCGUCACUGCCUCUCCUCCUCGGAUCAACGCGCCGCCGGUGCCUGGCACUGCCUCCCCUUCUCUUCUGGAGUCUUACAACUGUUGGAUUCCUAUAUGCAGCAAAGAUUAUGGAUAUGAAAGAGAAGCCAGAGACGACCAGUGGCCCACCACCGCCGCGUCUGGACUGCAUAAAGUGCUUUGAUGCUCUGUGGUUCUGCUACUCGCCAUUCCACCAAAUGCAGAGCUACUACCGGUACGGGGAGUUUGACAACUGCUUCGGCAAGUGGGGUGACCUCGUGGAUUGCCUCACUCUCAAGACGAAGCGGGCGGCAGAGGUGGAGGAGAUCCUCAUCGCACGGGAGAAGGCCAAGCCACACAUCUGGACCUUCCGGACAGUCGAUGAAGCGUCAGACCACUGGUGGAGGAUGUAUAAGCAUUUUGUGAUGAUGUCACCGCCACUGCCAGGUGCUGCGCAGCCUCGUCCCAAGUCUGAUAAAUCUUGAGAGUUGAGGGGUUUCUGCAAGUGUUCUGUUUGUGUUUAUGUCGCAUUUUGAUAUUAGCGAUGAGUUCUGUUGAAAUCUGAUUGUAAUUUGCGCACCUAUGAAGUGGAAUCAUCGAGUUAGAUAAAAGUACUAUGAUGAAUUCUGAAAUAAGUGGGACUUGCAUUCUUAUUGGAUUCGGAUAAAAAAAAAACUCAAUAAAGCUGCUUAUGUAGAGGCGUUUCCAUUGUGAAUA